UGAAUAUUUGUAUUCUUUCGAUUGGACGAUUUUUAACCAAGCUAAUUCAAAAAGUAUUGAACCGCAAUAUUUGUAUGUUAUAUUGAAUAAGUACUAAAAAGAUUAAUCCAUUUAUUUCUCUCUUUUUGAAGGUAGAUUAUCCAAAAUGGAAAAUCAACAGAAGUCGAUUUCAGUUUUGAAAUCUAACAAAUUUGCAUCGGAAUUAAGUGAAAAACUUUUCUCGUUCAGUGAGAACAAAACAUUUUCCGACAUUUCCAUAAUAGCUUCUGACGAUGUUAUAUUUCAUGCCCACAAAUGUGUCUUAUCGGCUUUUAGUGAUUAUUUUAUGACAAUGUUUGCAAGUGGUCUGAAAGAGGCACUAGCCAAUGAAGUUAAAAUCCAUGAGUUUAACGGAAAUAUAUUGAAACCGAUAUUGAAGUUUUUGUACACUGGGCAAAUUAAGCUUAACAAUGAAACAAUUGAAGAAAUUUUGAGAGCGGCCAACUUUUUCCAAAUCCAACCAUUAACCAAUGAAUGCUAUGAAUUUAUGGCUGAGAAAUUGGAUGUGAAAAAUUGUUUGGGCAUAACAAUUUUUGCCGAUCAAAAUGGUUUGAUUGAACUCUUUAAAAAAGCCUCAAAUUUUGCAAGUGCGAAUUUUGAAAAAAUUUGCAGCUGUAGUGAUUUUCUCAAACUUGAUGAGGAUCAAUUAGGAGCAAUAGUUUCGAGCGAAGACCUGUGUGUGACUUCGGAGGAGAAAGUCUUUUUCAAUAUCAUUAAAUGGAUCAAUUACGAUAAGGAAAAUCGAGAAAAAAAGGCCUUCAACUUGAUUUCCAAAGUACGUUAUUGGCUGUUGAGCUUGGACUUCAUCAAGCAACAUAGAUCAAAACUCCCCCAUCAGGUGGAGUACCUUGAAACGGUCUGCACUUGGCUUGAAUGGCAUUCCUCCCCCGAUGGCCGUCGAGCAAUGAAGCCAAUGGAAUUUUCGAAACCCAGUAAGCCUCAUGGACUAUUGUUAGUUGGUGGCGGAGGUAUACAGACUUAUGAUGCAGAAUUGAAUAUUUGGUCUUUUGAAUUCAUUCCGAAACUGCCAUUUCGAUUUGAUAAGAUUGUUGCCCUCCAGAAUAAGCUUAUUUUGUCUUGGCUCGAGAAACCUCUAACAUGCCUCGACCUUCGAACGCAAGCAGUCACAACCUUGCCCGGAAUGCAUAUUCAGCGUCGUGGCUAUGGAUUGGCUGUGUUGAAUAAUGAAUUGUACGUCGUCGGUGGCCAGAAGUAUUUAUCACCUUGGAAACGAGUUGUCGAGAAAUAUAACUUCUCUACUGAAAAAUGGUACGACGUCGCUCCUAUGAAUACAAUAUUUUCCUCGCCCAAAGUUGCUGUAGCCAAUGAUAAGUUGUAUGUUGUUGGCGAUAGAUCAACCACCAUGGAAUCGCUUAAUCCUAGCACAAAUGAAUGGACAUCGAAUCCCAUUGCAGAUUUACCUAAGUCAGCAUUUGGAUUUACAGAGGUUGCUGGAGAUCUAUACAAAAUCGGAGGAGCCCAAUACGGCGACACGAGGUACGGAAAAGAUGUUUAUUUUAAAAGCGUUCACAGCUUUGAUACUUUAAGUUGUGUUUGGACUCAGAGGGCACAAAUGAAAAUAGCAUUAGCUGAUCCACAUUGCAUAUCAUGGAACAAUCGUUUGAUAACUUGUGGUGGUCGCGAUGAAACAGGCACUUAUCUUAAUUUGGUCCAAGAAUACAAUCCGAACUCAAACGAGUGGAGAACUUUGGCUCAAAUGAUCGAAUAUAAUUAUUUAAACGAAUAUGCUCUUAUUGAAUUAAAUUAAACAAAUAUAAUCUUAAAAGUACAAUAUUCAAGGUCUGCAAAAAUUCAAAUUUGUAAUCGAUUCAAAUGAAAUUGUUAUAAAAUAUGGAACUGUUAAGGGUAUAUUUAACCAUAUACUCACAAGACGCACUGAAAUAAUGUUUUCCAAACUUGAACUAUUUCUACCUAAACGAAGCCGGAUGGGUCAGCUAUUUUAAUAAAAUUUCUUUUUAAUUUUAUCUCUAUAUUUUAUUAAUAAAAAAGAACCCUUCUGUAAUCUAACAUUCCAUUUGGAUUUAAUAACAAUAUCUAUAGUUUUUUUUCCUUUGUUUGUAAACAACACUCGAUUAAAAUAAUUAAAUAUAGAGAACAAUACAAAUUGAAAGUUAUGUAUUUGUUUCAAUAAAAGCUUGAUAAAAAGUCUAAUAGGUUUAAUAAGAUUAUUAUCAAUUUAAAUGAGGCAACUAAUUAUAAAUAAACAAAACAUUUCUUGUGUUGCAUUAUUUUUAAAAAAGGUAUAAAAUGUCUUUUGUGUAAUAUUGUGUUAUCAUUGAAGUUCAAAUUCGAGAUACCUAUUAACAAUCCUGAGAAAUGAAUAUGAAUAAGUUAAUUAUUUUAACAGUUUUUGUUUUUGGAUUUGUCCUGAUGAUGAGCAUGGUUAAGGCCGAUGAAGGACACGGUGGAUCUAUUGUUAAAAAUCAUCAUCCUGGAUUUUCGUCAUUAUUUUCUCAAACUGCAAAUUUAAGGCCAUUCAAUAAGGGAAAUAGAAAUGAAACGGAAGGAAAUACGAGUAAUAAACAUGAGUUAGGCUCAAAAAUGCCAUUUAGGAGAAACAAAAAUGGACAAAAACCGAAUGAAAAUACUAAAGAAGAGAAUAAAGAAGAAAAUAAUUAAAAAUUUAAACAUUAAUUGACACAAAUUUUAGUUAAAUUAAAAAAAAAUGUUGUCUUGAUUUUAUACUUAUUAAUUAUUUAAAAAAAGGUUGUUCCUUAUUGACCGUAAAAAUCGUAAUAAAAAGGCAAAACCUGUUGUUGUUUUUAAA